AUUACCCAAAAUAUCCUCUCUCUGACUCUCUCUCCCUCCCGCUGGCCCCCUCUCUCGAUUCUUCACCCAAACCACCACACAUAGUACUACAGUAGAGAGAGAAACUGAGGUAGAGAGAGGGAGGGGGAGAGAGAGAGAGAGAUGGAGGAGGAGAUUAAAGGAUAAGAUCUUCCCAUAAUCGUCAUCUAUCCCAUGACGUUAUUUGUUUGAUUCAUCUUCUUAGUAAACUAGAUCUUCUCUACCCGUAGAGAAAAAGAUCUGAUUUUCUCGUGCUUUGACUUGGACGAUGCGGCGAGGCCGAGCAGCUCCGGAGUUGAAGCAAUCUCCGGCCGUCGGAGAAGCCAACGGAUCUGGAGGAUCUAAGGAGAUUAGGUUCCGCGGAGUGAGAAAGAGACCGUGGGGGAAAUUCGCGGCUGAGAUCAGAGACCCUUGGAAGAAGACGCGUGUUUGGCUCGGGACCUUCAACUCGGCCGAGGCUGCCGCCCGAGCCUAUGACGCCGCCGCUCGGAAUCUCCGUGGCCCUAAAGCCAAGACCAACUUCCCCUUGCCUGCUCCUUCUCAUCUACCUCCUUAUCACAACCUUCAGUUUAAUCAGAGGCCAAACGCAAACGAUUCAUUCGUCGAUCAACAGAUGUACAUGCAGGAGCAUCCUAUUCUCUCCCAGAGGCCAACCUCCAGCGGCAUGAGUAGUACAGUGGAGUCCUUCAGUGGGCCCAGGCCUCCUCGGCAGCAGACGGCGCCGCCGCCGCCUUCUCGCCGCCAUCCAGUGGUUCCAGAUGAUUGCCAUAGCGAUUGCGAUUCUUCCUCUUCCGUUGUUGACGAUAUGGACUGUGAAAAUAUCGCCUCUUCGUCUUUCAGAAAGCCGUUACCGUUCGACCUAAACCUGCCGCCGGCAGGGGAAUACAACGCGGAUGCUGAAGCCUAUGAACUUCAAUGCUGCACAGCUUUGUGUCUCUGACCGAUUAUGAUGGUGAUUCUUGGCUUCCGAAUCAUUGUAACCAAUUUGAUCACCUAAUUUUACUUUUUUUUUAAUUUACAAUUUCCUCUUUUAAUGGUCCGGAAAAAGCUUGGAAAAAAAAGAAGAAAAAAGGAUCAUAAUUAGAGCUAAGAGUCUAAGACUGAACUGUGAUCAUAAAAGUUCAGAACAUCCGAUGGUCUGUCUGUGAUGAGUCUGCUGUUUGAAGUGGAUUUACAUGUUAUUUUUAAUUUACACCUCAUAUUUGGUGGUAUGGGAUAAUCUUGGUGUUCUGAUCA